AAACAAAGUAGGUUCCUGGUCCGAUUCAUAUAUUAAGCUUCGGCUAAAAUCAAAGCGCGCGAUAUUGUCUGCUGCAAUCUACUUCUAUACUACAUUGUAAGUGAGCACUUAAAGAGUCUUUCGCUGAGCCCUGGUCGAAAAAGCGAGACUAAGGCGUAGUUAUUUAAUGUCUUAGAUAGCCGCGUUCCGAGCGCUAUUCACUACGCAUCAGUUCAUAAUCUACCAAUCCAAAGUUGCUUCAGGCCACCUUUUCAGCAACCGUAAAAUACUCUGAUCAGACAAAAUGCGGUCCAUAUCGGCCUUUAUUACACUUCUUGCCGCACAUUCCGUUACGGCCAUCAACUUCACUGACUACGACCCACAGCCCGGUGUGCAGCCCGAGUUUAAGGAUUUUCUUAACGCUCUGGUCACCCCCGCAGAGGAUCCUAAGGCUACCACGGCCUAUACCGAUUUCUUCACGCCGGAUGGCAUGCAGACAACCUUAAGUGUUCACUGUAUUGGCGCGGACGCAAUCACGAAAUGCAAACGGAUAUUCUUGCCCUAUGAUGGCAGCAUGACCCUGACACAUUUUCCGAACGUGACAUACGUUGUCGACAACAACGCCACCGCAACUGUUUAUGAGGCCCACGGACGUAUUGAGAAUAACUUUCGGGCGGGCAACUGUUCCCAGAUAUACUACAAAACUCAGUACACUGUUUUAAAGACAAACCAAUCAGUCGAUGCGGCGCCUAAUCUAUCAACCAAACCAGAGCAUCAGCUGUAUUGGUACCACGAUUACUUUGUCAACCCCACCGAUGUGCCUUCAAACAUCCCCUGCGACAGUCUGAGAGCUUAGGUAGGAAUGAAGUUGUCAAAGUGGGCGUGUAAGUGCGGCUAGGACCGUGUGCCGCCAUCAUUUAUUAGCUGCAUUAUCUGGGCGGAAUUCGCCACCUAGAACGGCGAAAUCUGGUGGCAUGUGCAUUUACAUUUGCCCCUUGGGAAGGGAAAAUCCUGUACGGAUAUAGUGGGCAACCAGAUAUAACAAUAAUUACACACAUAGCCACCACAGUUGUGGAAGGUUGGCAGUCCA